AUGGACCCAGCAGAUGGUGACCCAGUAGAUGGUGACCCAGCAGAUGGUAACCCAAAUGACAAACCAACAGAUAAUUCUAAACUAACUCACCCAGACAAACUAACAGAUAAUUCUAAACUAACUCACCCAGACAAACUAACAGAUAAUUCUAAACUAACUCACCCAGACAAACCAACAGAUAAUUCUAAACUAACUCACCCAGACAAACCAACAGAUAAUUCUAAACUAACUCACCCAGACAAACCAACAGAUAAUUCUAAACUAACUCACCCAGACAAACCAACAGAUAAUUCUAAACUAACUCACCCAGACAAACCAACAGAUAAUUCUAAACUAACUCACCCAGACAAACCAACAGAUAAUUCUAAACUAACUCACCCAGACAAACCAACAGAUAAUUCUAAACUAACUCACCCAGACAAACCAACAGAUAAUUCUAAACUAACUCACCCAGACAAACCAACAGAUAAUUCUAAACUAACUCACCCAGACAAACCAACAGAUAAUUCUAAACUAACUCACCCAGACAAACCAACAGAUAAUUCUAAACUAACUCACCCAGACAAACCAACAGAUAACACAACAUACUGA